AUGGAAACGCUUUCAUUAUUUUUCAAAAGAAGUCUGCCAAACUUUUUUGAAGCUCUACCCAUACCAGACAGAUUCGUUGGCUUCGCUGAUCUAACAGCUGGAGAGUGGAUUGAAUUGCUAGUAUUUGCUGGUGGUGUUGGCGUGGUAUCUUACUCAGUGUACCACCUGGCUGCUAGCAAACUAAGCCUAAAAUGCUGUCAACUUCACUGCAAUCGUUCAUGUGCUAUGAAUCCAUCUAUAAAGAAAGAUGUCGCAAAAGUGGUUGACAUUGUGGAAAUUGAAGACAUAACUAAGGAGAAAGUUUCUUAUUGCAGAUGUUGGAGAUCCAAAAAGUUUCCACUUUGUGACGGCAGCCACAAUGCUUACAAUGAAGAGACUGGAGACAACACUGGACCAAUUGUGCUGAAACACAAGCAGAAAAAUUGA